GAGCCCUUCCAGCUUACCCCACUCGAUCCUGAAACCAUUGAACAUCAUCAAUAUUGUUACCCCUCUGCCUGUCUGCAAGAGUUUGAAGCCACGUUUUAGGAUAACAGGAGUAGUAGAGGAGAGGAUGUUUGCAGAGCGAAAUGUUUUCAUGCUUUUCAACUUGUUUUAAAACCAAACAACAUUAAACCAACAACCAGAGGAAGAAUAGCAGAUUCAAACUGUUUUAAUAUUCUGCAAGUUUUAAAAUCGAACAAACGGACCAUAACCUGCUUGUCUCUUCGGAAUCGUACUCAGAUUUACAACUCGUUAGAGUUCUGCCCGUGUAACAUGGGUGGUUGCUUAUCCAACGAUUUUCCGUCUGACGAAACUCGUUCUCCAGAAGGGGUAUCCUUCAAGACUCCAGCGCAACUAAGCCAGGCCCCUCACAGCAACUCCCCGUACGGUGCCGUCCGAGAUUUGGACGAGCAAGAACGCUGGUCCGAGAGGGCCACCGUAGUUACCAAGCCGGACCAUGAGGAUUACAUGAUCAUUGCUUCUGAGAUCCUCAACAAUAUCAUCCUUAAUCUUCCCGUCGGCGAAGUCGCCACUGCUCCUGAUUCCGUUACCCCCGUUGUUCCAGCUCCUGAGGCCGAGGCCAACCUGCAGGUCCAAGACUCUGCACCCAGCAGCCCCCCAAACCAGUCACCUCCUAGGGAGGGUAACGCAGACGCGCCCCCUUCAGAGGGCGGGGCCACCAUGGAGGACAGUGUCAGCACCCCUCCUCCUCCAUCUCCGGAGCCAGCUCGUCAAAACAUCUACGAGCUCAACGAUGAGGACAUUGCUAAUAUGAACCCGUUCCAGAGUACCACCAAGAUGCAGAACUCUCCGCCUAUUACCAAGAAACCCAUGGCAGACAACCAGUACUCUGCAGACAUUGACUUUGAUAACAUCAAGGAUCCCUUUGGUACCUGCAGCAAAGUGGCCAAUACACCCGAGACCAUCAACCGGUCUCCAAAGCAGAAGAAGAGGUCUCCCAAGACCAAAUCCCCGACCCCAGAACCCGAAAAGGACCUUGUGCCUCCUGCCAACAAUGAUAACGACGUUGCUGUCGAUGUUGAUGUCGAGAAAGAGGUGAAUGAAGAGGAGCACAGCCCCCCAUCCCCGGAGGACGUCAUGCUCCAGUCCCCUCAGAUGAACGGUGGGGAUGAUCUCGGGAACGAUCUCGACAAAGAGGAGGAUAACAAUGUGCAGCUGCUGUCGACGGGAGAUGGUGACAGCGGGGUCGCGAGUGCAGAGGAAAGACAGCCUGAUGAGGUCAUGCCUUCAUUUGAUGCUCAAGAUGAAAUUCCAGAUAUGAUUGGUGAUGAUGAAUUCAGACCAGCUAUGGAAGCCUCUGAAGAAGGAGGAGGAGUAGGAGGAGGAGGGGGCGGUCAUGGGGGACUCACUCGAGACAUAAGCUUUGAAGAGAUGGAGUUCAGGUUGGCAGAAGAAGUGUUUGCCAAUAGUGAUCCUACCCACUUUGAUGUGGACUAUCUGGCACAAGCAGGAGGCUCAGAUGAAUUCAAGGAGUCGGCGUUGGCCAGGCAGUCUCUUUACGUCAAGUUCGAUCCUCUUGUCAAAGGAUGCCCAACACCACAAGGCCCAUCGGCUCUGCCUGCCUUAGAGCCAGAGGGCGGAGACCUGCUUCAGAUGCAGACCCCUCCCCCAGGCCAGGUCCUUGACGGUAGGGCCAAGAGGAGAGCAGCCGCCAACGAGAGGUCCAACACCAGUCCAGAGAACACGGCGGCCAGUAAGAACGUGGAAAACCUACUGCAGUACACUCCUAAGAGUGAUUUCGAUUCAGAGGAUCCAAUGGAUAGUGCCAACUCAAGCACUGAAAUUCCUUCCUCAGUACCUCAGACAGUCACCAGCAGUGAUGAAGGCAUAGUACAGAUCCUGCGUUACUCACAGGCAGAUAUGGAUGCUGCAGUGUUAGAGGCUGCUAGGUCAGCAAGCAUCGAAGCACAGAGAGUUGCUGAAGAGAAAUACAAGGAAUAUGAAAAGAAGUUCCAUUCAAGCAACGAGAAUAUCAAAGAAGUCACCAAGUCCAAGGAGGUGUUAGAGAAAUCCAGUUCAGAUAUGAGAGCACUGAUCAUGGAAUAUGAGAAAUCCAUACAGCAACUAAUGGUGGACGUGUCGCAGGCCAAGACUUCAUCAGACGACAAGGCGUCGCAGCUGCAGAAAGAAAAGGACCAAGCCCUUGAGGACAUGGCCUCAGUCGAGAGUGCCUUCAGCGACCUGCACAGGAGAUACGAGAAGUUAAAACAGACACUUGAUGGCUACAGAAAGAAUGAGGAGACAUUGAAGAAGCAUGUAACUGAAUACCAGGGCAAGGUGAAGAAACAAGAGCAGAGAUACCAGACACUUAAAUCACAUGCAGAGGAGAAAAUAGAAAAAGCCAAUGAACAAAUCACCAAGGUAACCAAGAGUUACCAGUCAGAGAUUGCUGGUCUCACGGCAAACUUGAAGAGAGAACAGAUGAACGUAGAAGGUCUGGAGAAAACCAUUCAACAAAAGACCAAACAAUGUGGAGAGUUGACAAAUAUUUGUGAUGAACUUAUUUCCAAAAUGGGAAGCAGCGGUCAAUGAGAACAAUAAAAGUGCGAGAGCAGCUUUCUGAUUCGGCUGGAAUAAAAGGCAAUCAUCGAUCUGCUUUGAACACUUAUUCUUGUGGAUCAUAUAGUACUUGUGUAACAUAUAUGGAGAUCGACUUCAGACAGAGAUGGACUCGCGGAAGCUCAUGCAUUGUGGAGAAUAUACAUUUUGUUUACAUCGAUGAGUCGUGUAUGACGUAUGUAUUAUUACGAUGUGUGAGUAAUAGAACGAUACGGACAACUUUGUGAAUAGCUGGAUAUGCUGUGAUGCCAAAUUUUUGGAUUUAUCUGAGAAUAUUAUACGAUAGUAGAACGACUUUUUGUUAUCUUGCGGGUACUUUAGAUGUACUGUAUGCCUGGUACGGCAGUCAUGCUGAUGUUGUUGAACACAUGUGCACUGUAUUUCUAAGAUGUACUUUUUUUACGAAGGAAGAAAAAUUGUUCUAAAGAAGAACAAUUAUUGCCAGACCUUGCAAUUUAAGAAUAGCAUCAGUUAUCUUGUGUAGGGAUGGACUCCAUUGUAGGAUUGGACGGCUAUGAAAUAAAACAAGAUGCUAGAAACAUUUAGAGUAAUAUAAUGUUAAUAUUCUAGUGUCUCAUACCAUAGCCUUCAUUGAACGUGAAUACUAUUAGAAUUAAACAUAAGCUAAUAAAGAGAGAUAG